AUGGAAUUAUUAGUAUGGGUAAAAUUGGGAGAAUAAAGAUUAGGUGGGGAAAAAAAGAUGGUUGUCAAUUGGGGAAUUUUCCAGUACGUCACCAGCCAGCCCUGUCUCAGACUCUCACAGGACGACCAGCGACCAUCUUCUCUCUAGUCUAUCGUUUACCUCUUUCACUUCCUAAACCAAAAACCCCGUGGAAGAGCGACCGAUUUCUACCGGCAGAUUCUUCUGAUUUUUCGAGGUAGAAAAGGAAGAUUCGGCCAUGUCGCAGCUGGGAAGCGGAGAAGGCAGCAUAGUUGUCGCCGGCCGCGGCGGGGGCGGGGGCCCGGACUUCGACUUGCCGGACGAAAUUCUGGCUGUUAUACCGGCCGACCCGUAUGACCAGCUGGAUCUGGCGCGAAAGAUCACUUCCAUGGCAAUCGCUUCCCGUGUGUCGAACCUGGAAGCGGAAGUGGGAAGAAUGAAGCAGCAGAUGUACGAGAAGGAUCGAAUUGCUUACGAGCUCGAAGAGAAAGCGUCUCGAAUGCAGCGGGCGUACCGGGAGGCCGAGUCGAGGCUGAAGAUCACCCUUGAUGAGAAUGUUAAACUUGCUAAGGAAAGGGAUUCGUUGGCUGCCAACGUGAAGAAGCUUGGCCGUGAUUUGGCAAAGUUGGAGAACUUCAAGAGGCAGCUGAUGCAGUCACUUAGUGAUGACACUCCAUCGCCAACACAAACUGUUGAUAUUAAAGCAUAUGAUCAACGUGCACCAAAGGCAUAUCCUGAUAAAGAUGAAGUGUCAAAUGGAUAUGCCAGGGACUAUUCUUACAGUGGCUCUACCGACAUGAGUACAGCUGAUCAAGCUGCAAAGUCUGCUGGACAAAGAUUCUCCAUAACCCCGUACAUCACACCACGGCUUACUCCAACUGCAACCCCAAAAAUUACAUCUACAAGUGUGUCACCUAGGAGUUAUUCUACUGCCGUGUCACCUCGGAGGGCCUCUGCUCUGACAUCGCCAACGAAAUCCCAAUACGAAGGACAUCAAACUAGCUUUUCUCCAUGGUAUCCAUCCAGUCAACAGUCUUCGGCAGCAAACUCCCCUCCUCGUGGACGCUCAAUGCCAGCACGGACUCCACGAAUUGACGGGAAGGAGUUCUUUCGUCAGGCCAGGAGUCGCCUAUCAUACGAGCAAUUCAGUGCAUUUCUGGCUAACAUCAAGGAACUAAAUGCCCAGAAGCAAACCCGGGAGGAAACUUUGAGGAAAGCAGAAGAGAUCUUUGGGACAGAGAACAAAGAUCUCUUCUCAUCAUUUCAAGGGUUGCUCAACCGUAGUAGUGCUCACUGAAAUUGCCAAAUGCUCAAGGCAUCCAGACCUAACUAGGUAUGCUGUUCAUCCGCCACUAUCUUCAAAGCUUAUCCAUCCAUAAGAACUUCAUAACGUUCCAAGAUUGGUAUGCUAAGGCUAUUCUGAAACACUGAAUCUAACGUAAGUUAUUGCAUUUACAUGACAGGUGGUACAUCAAAACUGAUUCAACUACUUCCGCACCAGUCAGUUCCUUCUGACGAAUCAUUCGAGGAUGCACAAUCAUCGACAAAUCACAGUGACAUGUAUUUUCAGCAGCAAGUAGAAGUAGAAUGUUGUUAGGGCUUCAUUGACAUCAUGCAAAUACUGUAGAUAGAUAAUCUUUAUGCAGUCAACAUUGUCGUUGUCGAUGAAUGAUUUUUGGUCCAUUGGAAACUUCCAUUUUACAUGAUCUUUUGCUUUCAGCGUCUGUUUCCCCUUAUCAUCCGCCAUGAAAAAGGGCAGUGGAAUAUCUUGCAUUUGCCCUCCAAUCUUUUGGCUACUAAGAACAAUAAACUCAGCAAAUACUAACAAACUUACUGUAUUAAU